AUGAAGACUACUAAAGCUAAUUUUGGAGUGGUAGGAAUUAAGUGGGAUAUGGCCAAAGCAUUUGACAGAAUUGAAUGGGACUUCUUGCAAGCAAUCAUGAGUAGUUUGGGUUUUUCUCAGAAAUGGUGUCAACUGAUUCAUCACUGCAUCAGCACAGCAAAAAUAUCAAUCUUGGUUAAUGGAACUCCUAUGGAUUUCUUCUCUCCUACAAGAGGGCUCAGAAAAGGAUUUAGCAGGCUUCUCACAAAUGCAGCUACAGAGAAUAUUAUUGAACCAGUCACCCCAGCAAAAACAGGACCAACUAUAUCCCACUUAUUGUUUGCAGAUGACUGCAUUUUGUUCACUAAAGCCACAAAAAGAUCUAUCAACAACUUGAAGAUUUUAAUUCAGAAAUUUACUUCUUCUUCGGGUCAGAUGGUCAACUUGGAUAAGUCUAGUGUUUUUUUCAGCAAAAACAUGAGCAAAGAGGAAUGUUCAGACUUCAUAGAAAUGUUGCAGAUGGAGCAAAUGGAAGACAAAGAAAAGUAUUUGGGAACUAUUCUGCAAACCCCAAUUAGCAAAGACAAAUUAUUUGAUCCAGCGGUGGAUAAAGUGGGAAGUAGAUUACAGAUGGCAAGGAAAGUUAACUUCUCAAGCUAG